AUGGUAAUUUUGAAUGCAUUUUUCUUCAAUUCUUGAGCAUAGAACACUGUUUCGUUUUCCGUUUCUGGAAUUCCACACAGCCUUGAUAUCUAACACUAGUAGUACACAACAAACUAUUAUUUUCCUGUGAAAAAAAAAAACGAAAUUUUACAGGGUGCCGCAGUGCUUCCCCACUGGGUCACAAUUUGGUUGAUCGCCUCCGGACUCAUCUGCCUGCUCGACGUCAUUUACACAAUGUUCCGACCGUACACCAACUCGCCCGAUGGAUUUGUGGCCAACACGCUUUUCUAUGGAUGUGAGUCAUGUGCGCGCAGUUAACGUUGUGGCCGUGGCCUAGAAAACUCUUCCUUGCACUUUGACAAUACACAACUUUCGUGCUCACAGUCAAAAUCAGACAUGCCGUAGGCCAGUCAUCUUGUAAUAACUGGUUUCACUGAAAAACAUCAUGGUCAACUAAAAAUGUUUCCAGGGAAACUGUACUCUUCGGUAGACGUCCGGUACGCAGACACUCGGGACGUUGUGACGUGCGCCACUGGAAGAGUCAUGCUCAUCGAGAUCGUCUUGAACUUUUUCGCCGUUUUUCUGGUAAGUUUUUCACCACGAAGCCUCUACAAUAGCUAAAAGAGCUCCAGUACUCUUAAAACCAUUCCUCGGAGUACUGUAGCGCUUGACACUUAAAGUCCACGAACUACAGUACUCUUAAGAGCUUGACAAGCACAAUUUUUCGAUAAAAAAGGGUGCUGUAGCUUUUGAAAAUUGACAAUACUCCGUCAAACGUUUCCAGGCGCUCAAACGUUCCCGCCACGCGCUUCUGCUCGCGUUCACGACGAGCGCGUUCGUUUUCUGGAAGACGUUCUGGUACCUGGUCCUCUACAUAAAUCCGCCGGCCGGCAAUCCGCCCUCUUUCACCGACAACUACGGAUUCCUGGGCAUGACGUUGAUCUUCUGGAUUCCCAACGGUGUCUGGGUCGUCAUGCCGUUCCUCGUCAUGUUCGCUCUCUGGAAUCGUCUCGCUCUGCCUGUCGAGUACCAGGAACAGUAAGUUUCUACUGAAAUCGUUGACCUUAUCAUCAAUAUUUGCGUUUCAGACACAACAACAGUUACGAGAAGCCGCCCGGAUUGUCAUCGCCUUGA